GUAUUUCCAGGCCUUUCUCGGGAAGUUUCACGGGCUUUCCUUCACUGCCAACUCUCGAUCUUUGCUGGAGAAUUCGAUACCCUUUCUCUCAAGUCUAGGCUGCUUGUCUCUUGGCUCUUUCAAUCGUUCCUUGCAAGUUGUAGUUUUGGAGAAUGGCGGAUUCAAUCGCUACCUCCGACGCACCGUCUUCUUCGUUCCAGUCGACUCCGCCUUCUCGCAUCAUCUGCCGAGUAUGCCAAAAGCAAUUCUCACAGUAUACUUGCCCUCGAUGUAAUACCCGGUAUUGUUCCCUUCACUGUUACAAGUCUCACAGUCUGCGCUGCACUGAAUCCUUCAUGAGAGAAAAUGUGGUGGAUGAGUUGCAGCAAUUGCGACCAGAUGAUGAGACUAAACAAAAGAUGUUAGAUAUACUCAAAAGGUUCCAUUCGGAAGAGGAGAUGGAUGAUAUGGAUGAAGAUGAUUCAACUUUGUCAGAGGAAACUAUUCACAAGGUUCUGUCUGGAUGGCAAAUCAGUUUUGAUGAUUUAUCUGCAGAAGAAAAGAAACGUUUUCAAAGAGCUGUGGCUUCUGGAGAGCUGAGCAAGUUGAUUGAACCAUGGGAACCAUGGUGGUUCAGGCCUUCUGCUAGAACUAUAUGUCUAAGUCGGGAAGGGACACCACUUGUUCAACCACUUGCCAAGCAAGAAACCAACGCCUCAGUCUUAGAUGAUCCAGAAACUGACCAACUGAAUGACAUUCCUCCAGGCCCUGAAUCUCCAUUACUCCCAGUCAGCAAGCUCAGCACAAAUGAGCCAUCUCCAUUAUUAGCUCUUCACUUACUAGACAUCAUAUAUAGCUAUUGUUUCGCGCUUCGCCUCUACAAUGGGGACUGGCAGUCAGAUCCCACAGGAUCAGCAAUGGUUGUGCUAAGUAUGUCUUCCGUUUUGGGUCAAGGUGGGCAGCCUGAGACUGUGUCUGAAGCCCUGUCCCAUUGCUUGCAGCAAACCUGUUCCCCAGCCUUCAGACACAUGGGUGGCCUGCAAUUUGGAUUGGGCCUUGUAGAUGAUGUUGUUACCCUACUCUUGCUUAGUGGUUCUGCUUUGAUCUGUUUGCUUUGUGACCUUCGUUGCCUGAUUCAAGCUUCAGAGCGGGAGCUAAAGUCCAAGAAAUCACAGAAGUCAAAGAGAGUAGAAAUAAAGAGUAAGCUGAAGCUUGCAGAGAGGAAGAUUUAUUUUAUCAUGUGUUGGGUCCAUGAGCAGCCUGGAGAUGCUUGGACUUCAUUGGCAGCCAUUGUCAAGGCAGAGAAGGCUUCUGCUAUGGAAUUCACUGGCAACAGAAAUAAGACUCCGAGAAUGGAGAAGAAAAUGGAAGCUGGGGUCAAGGCUCUGAUUGAGGAGGUUUGAUGAAGCACACUACCUCAGAUGAAUCUUCUUUUCUCCUGUAUCAGAGAAGUUUUUAACACGAUGUUCACUGCAUUAGAGUUAUUUUGUGGCCUUAUGCAAGGCUCAUAUGCCCAAGUUCUCUGAAUCCUAACUUGAUAUUGGAAGGGAGGACUCUUGGACUUGUACUAAAUUUUGUAUUGUAGUGAUAUCAAGAGAAGUGUGUUUGUAGAAAUGAUACUAGGUUGAUAACUUUUGGUUCAACUAAUAAAACAAAUUACAUAUUCAGUUUUUAUCUCA